AUAUGGCGGUACAUUUGCAUGUGUACAUAUAGACAAUCGUACAAGACAAAUAUGGUUGAAGGGCCGGGAUGCAAGAUAAAAGGCGAAAAGAUCAAAGGGAAACUUCUCAGUCAGUCGGUUAAGAAUGUAUCUGGAAACGCUGUUGAAAGGGAAAUCAAAAGUAAAGGGGUAACAACAUCCCAAUUUCACAAACUGAUCGACAGAAAACUUGAUGGGGUACAGACACUCGGAAAGGAACUUUUUAUGUACUUUGGAGAAAUAUGUCUCAGGGUACACUUUUUGAUGGCCGGAUCUUUCCUCAUUAAUCAUAAGAAGCUCGACCAUGAUGGUGGGAGUCAAGCUGAAGCUCCCACGUUUGAAAUGGACUUUUCUAAAGAUAAAUUAACGUUUCACAAGGCAUCCGUGGAUAUCAGAUCGUCCGAGUCCUGUAAACAGAAAUAUGACAACCUGAAUGAGUUAGACAUCUGUUCACCUGUAUUUAACCACAGACGUGUUGUGACUCUGUUUAUGUCACAAACAGGGAGACAGGUGUGUGAUGUUCUCCUCGACCAAACUGUCCUUCCUGGGGUCGGAAACAUUAUCAAGAAUGAGGCAUUAUUUGACAGUGGAGUGAAGCCAGAUUCUAAGGUCGAGGAACUUAAUGAAGAACAUGUGUCACACCUUGUAAAGAUGACCAGAGAUUUCUCCAUGAUUUUUCUGAAGUGUAGAAGACAGGGAACCAAUCUUGGGAAAUUUUUGAAGAUCUAUGGCAAAGGAAAAUGCUUGCAGUGUAAUGGCAAGGUAGUGAAGUGUCGCCAAGGUGAUGACUCCGGGAGGAUGACAUAUUUUUGUGAGAAUUGUCAAAACAACAAUCUUAAAAUGAAGACAAAAAGAAAUUUGCCAACAAAGAACAGCUUGUUAGGGUGGGUCAUGCCAAGCCAGACUUCAGCAAUUACUGGCCAGAAAUGGACAUGUGGAUCUUGUACAUUCAUCAACGAAGACAGAAAACUCAACUGUGAGAUGUGUUUUACAACUAGGCCAAGUACACAGAACUCAGGUUGUUCAUCAACUGGCCUCCCCAGUUCAGAAACUACAUAUCUAGGGGCAAGCUUUAUAGGGAAAUCCAAAUUAGGUCCAAUCUCUGGGGAGGAAAAUCCUGUAAAGCGACGGAAGAUUGAGGAUACUCAAGCAAGGAAUAAGGAUGACAGCAAAAUUCCUUUUUGCCCAGGACACAAUAAAAAGUGUGGCAUGAGAGAGGUGUUUAAUAAGGGGGACAAUCAAGGUCGCUGGUUUUUUUCCUGUUCUCUGCGGGGACAACAGAAAUGCAAAUAUUUCCAAUGGGCGGACGAGUUAUUUCCAUUUUGUGAAGCUCACGGGAAGAGGUGUACUUUAAGGACAGUUUUAAAACAAGGACCGAACAAUGGACGACAGUUUUUUGUGUGUGCUGUGUCAAAAAGUAAAGUCAAGUGUGCUACUUUCCAAUGGGCUUUGGGAUUCGAAACAUGAUACGUGCAUGAAGCAGAAAAUCAUAGACAUGUUAAGAGUACUGUCAUGUGACCAAAUCGUUCUGAAAUGCACAUCUUAGAUUCACUGAUACUCAUUACUUAUAGAUUCAGUUUAACUUUCUUAGGGCAAGAAGAUUUAAAAAUAAUUUAUUGAACAAAUGGUUAUUAAGACAUUAAAAAAAAUAACAAAACCUACACAUUUAUGUACUGUGUUUGUAUGAACAGAGACUACACAUUCAUGUAUGUACGCGUGUUUGUAUACACAAUACAGCAAAUUUAUGUACUUAGUUUCUUGGAAUAGAUUGUUCACAUUUAUGUACCUAGUUUCUAUAGAGGGGCCGCGGUGGCCGAGUGGUUAAGGUGUCCUGACACUUUAACACUAGCCCUCCACCUCUGGGUUGCGAGUUCGAAACCUACGUGGAACAGUUGUCAGGUACUGACCGUAGGCCGGUGGUUUUUCUCCGGGUACUCCGGCUUUCCUCCACCUCUAAACCUGGCACGUCCUUAAAUAACCCUGGCUGUUAAUAGGACGUUAAACAAAAACAAACCAAACAAACCAAAACCUAGUUUCUAUAAAUAGAUUGCACAUAAGUAUGUAUUUAGUUUCUAGGGAUGGAUUGUAUAGAGGAUAUCUAACAGUGUCUUCAGUAAUACCAAAUAUAUUUCAUGAGUGGGGCUAAUAUUUUGAUAUUUUUCACGAGUGUGCAGCACGA